AUGGGAUUCAGAAUUGUUUAUGCAACAUUAAUUUUUGCGGCAAUUUCAUGUGGUUUAAAUGCACAAUUUCAAACAGGGCCGACGCAUGGUAAGGUUGUGGUAUGCUACCUCACCUCUUGGUCAAUCUACCGCGAGGAAAUGGCGAAAUUCAAAAUCACAGAUUUGGACCCAUCACUAUGCACCCACGUCGUGUACUCCUUCGCGGGACUUGACGAGAACACAAUGGGGGUCAAAAUUCUGGAUCCUGCGUUAGACAGAGGUGGAAAGUUCAAAAAUUCAGGCUACAAAGGAGUUGUAGGUCUUAAAGCUAAUAAUCCUCACUUAAAAGUGACAAUUGCUAUCGGUGGUUGGAAUGAGGGCUCCCUAAAAUUCUCAAAUAUGGCUGCUACGCCCACCACCAGAUCUCAAUUUAUCCAGAGUGUACUCGAAUUUCUGCACACGCAUAAAUUUGAUGGAAUAGACAUGCAUUGGAAAUAUCCUACUGUAAGGGAUGGAAAACCCGAAGACAAAGUCAACUUCAUAACCCUGAUGAAAGAGCUAAAGGAAGCUUUCAAGCCCCAUGGGUAUAUUCUAACCACAGCAAUUAGUGGUAUCAAGUAUUACAUGGACACUGCUUACGACCUCCCUCAACUGAAUCAGUACAUAGAUCUCAUCCACGUGCUGGCUUACGACUAUCAUGGCACAUGGGACGGUGUUGUCGGAGUCAAUGCUCCUGUUAAGGGUUUGAACAGCGACGAUGUAUCUGAUGUGGAAUACACAAUUAAGUACAUAUUGUCACGUGGAGUUAAUGCUAACAAGCUAGUUCUUGGUUUGCCUCUAUUCGGUCGCACCUUCAUUCUCGAGGAACCUGAAACAAAGGAUAUAGAGUUUGGAAGCACGCCUGUCAAAAGUGAAGGGUUUGGGGGCCCUUAUACUAAAGAACUAGGAUUUAUGGCUUACAACGAGAUUUGUUUGGAACUGACUAACAAUAAAAACAAAUGGACUCGUCAUUGGCACGACCAGUCGUCUACACCCUACCUUCGCAACGGGGAUCGUGUGAUAACAUACGACAACGCGAGAUCAUUAGCUGUUAAAGUAAAGAAAGCAAUGGAAUACGACCUCGCAGGAGUAAUGGUAUGGUCCAUUGAUACGGACGACUUUAAAGGCUUGUGUGACAAGGAGCCCGAUUAUGUAUCGGUGUCAUUCUCAACUCUACACAAUUUCGUAGAAAAGUUCAAUCGGAUUGCCCGAAAUCCGGUUUUGCAGAGGCUUUUACAGAACCUUAAUCUCCCAAAUGCGCAAAAACUUGACAGUUUGAGCAAGGCUUCUGAAUUCGCACACAAGAAUCAUUUAUGGGCCAUCGAGUCAACAUCAAAUUAUCCAUUGAUGCGAGCUAUUGAUGAGUCUAUAACUCUGGCGAUAGAAGAGAAGAUCAUUACGGCUGAUAUGAUCGGCAUUCUUGAUAAUAAUAAAAACGUAACAACUAACGUCAAUAGUGUUUACACUGUUGUCUGUUACUUUUGUUUUAUUUAA